GGCCUCUAUAUCAAGCAACCAAAGGAGAAGAAGAUCAUCGUUCAUCUUUCAUCAAAGGAGGAAAUAAUGGGAGGAGGGAAUGGGCAGAAAUCCAGAACAGCUCGGGAGAGAAACAUGGAGAAGCUCCAAAAGGCCGCCAAUAAGGGUACGUUGCAAACAACUCUUGCUUCAUUAACUAGCUAGCUAGUUCAGUUUUUAGCCAAAUUCAUUGACAUGCGUCUCUCUGUAUAUGUGGGGUGAAGGAAGCCAGCUUCAGUCCAACAAGAAGGCCAUGACCAUCCAGCUACCUAGGCUCUGUUACUGUUAUAUUGUAGUAUACCUCUUUCUCUUUUUUGCUGUCAUUAAUACGUUUUGCUUCUCUGUUUCUACCGUGGCGGCGUCUGUGGCGGUGGCGGUGGCCGGCGGGGGAAUAUACAGUGCAAAGUGUGCAUGCAGACGUUCAUAUGCACGACGUCGGAGGCCAAGUGUCGGGAGCACGCCGAGGCCAAGCAUCCUAAAUCUGAUGUCUUCACUUGUUUCCCCCAUCUCUCCACCAAGUAAUAAUGGUGGAAUAGCUACAAUAAACCUGCAAGUCCAAAGACACGAAGAAAUAGAGAGAAGCAGCUUAGCUUAUGUAUUACAUACAUGUGUGAUCAAUUUCUCUACCCAUGAAGUAUGAAAGAAGGAUAAGUAUAUGACGAAACCGUCCAAUGAAUCGUGGAGGUCCUGUUCUGAAAUUGAGGUAUAAUUUAAAUUGAAUUUUAAGUGGAUAGAAAGAAAAAAAAAAGAGCUGUAUUUAACGUAAGAUCCGGUUCUAAGCAAACCAGAAAACGGUCGAGUAUAUUGCAUUCCUCAAAAGAAGUGCGUGCAUUCCCCGAUCAAAGAAGCCCUUAUUCAAAUCUAGGGCGAGGGGAGAGGAAUGGGCCAGACCUGGUCAUUUCUCAAGAACAAUAGCUAAAGGACCUGAUACUACUACUUGGAUCUGGAACCUACAUGCUGAUGCUCACGAUUUCGAUAGCCAUACCAGUGAUUUGGAGGAGAUUUCUCGAAAAGUAUUUAGUGCUCAUUUCGGCCAACUCUCCAUCAUCUUUCUUUGGCUGAGUGGCAUGUAUUUUCACGGUGCUCGUUUUUCUAAUUAUGAAGCAUGGCUAAGUGAUCCUACUCACAUUUGACCUAGCGCCCAAGUGGUUUGGCCAAUAGUGGGUCAAGGAAUAUUAAAUGGUGAUGUGGGUGGAGGUUUCCGAGGAAUACAAAUAACCUCGGGUUUUUUCCAGAUUUGGAGAGCUUCGGGAAUAACUAGUGAAUUACAACUUUAUUGUACCGCAAUUGGUGCACGGGGCCAAGCCUUAACGGUUUUUAAGGAGGUUGGGUGACAGAUCGGCCAUAGGAGUACCCCGGGAUAUAAACCAGGGCAACAAAUGUCGAUGAUACGACAAUGCCGCCCGUUUUCAUUUCAUGGAAGUCUCCGGCAGAGGAAAGGGCUGUAGGUGAUGGCGCGUUUUGCUUCUUAUCUGGAGAGGGGGGCUGGAAUCGUUCCUAUGGGGUCGUGCGUGGCAGCUAGUAUAGAUGAAUAAGGGCGGGCUAAGCUU